AUAUCUGGAUUUGUAUUGGUAUAUACAUUACUCGCAAUCAGUGUUAUAUGUACACGAUCCUCGCGUCGACAGUCUUGUUCCACAAUCCUUGACGUCUGUCUCUAAAGUUGUGAUAAUCCACGUAACAGUAUUUUGUAUUAAAUUUAAUUUCAAAAACAAAAUAUAUUUAAAUAAAAUAAAAUAUAAUAAAUAUUGACAAUUUAUUAAACAAAUAAAUAAAUAUGUUGUGUGUUUAUAUGUACAUGUACAUGUGUGUUGAUAAAGUUUUAAGCUUCAAAGCAGAUCAGAUUGAAGGACAUUAGAGAUACGCGGUUAAGCAUUUCAUGUUGGAAUAUACGACCGGAUCGCGAGAAUGCUUCUACUGUGAAAUACAAUCGGUGACGCGACUGACGGUCAUUGCGUGCGCGUAAAUCGAUCGAAUAGGUGUGUCCUAGUUUCAGUGAUAUACGAGAAGUACCCAAGGAAGAAUACGCUCGUCCGUGACACAAAGCCACACAGUGCACCAGGCUAUCGAUGUGCCCUGCCACCGACGCUGAUGCCGUUACUACUCCUGCCUUUACUGCUCCUGCUUCUACUACUGCUUUUACUGCUAUUGUGUAUUCCAAUAUAUAUAUACAUACGCAUAUUAUUAUUUUGUUUAUGUUUUUUUAUUUUUUUUCAUCUUGAAUUGUUUUAUGCAUUUAUCAUAUUAUAUGGACAAGGUGAAUCCGAAAUUUAAUAACAACUUUUUAAAUCCUCUAUUUUUUUUUUUUUUUUUUUUCCAUAUAGUGAUAUUUAGUACAGUGAGAUAUUAAUAUAAAUAUAUCAUUUGCGUUGAGAUGGAGAGAAAAGUUAAAAUGAAUAAUCGAGGACGUUAUUAUGGAACUUAUUGUAUUUAUGAUGUUGCCAAUUCGUACAUCACUGCGUUGCAUACAAAAAUUUCACAGGCAAUUGCAUUGUCACGGUUUAACUCCGCUGGUUAUUAUCAAAAUCCUCAACACUAUCACAUAUUUGUCGGGGACCUGAGCCCAGAGAUUGAGACGCAGACAUUGAGAGAAGCCUUCGCUCCAUUUGGGGAAAUCUCGGAUUGCAGAGUUGUCAGAGAUCCCCAGACACUAAAGUCCAAAGGAUAUGGAUUUGUAUCUUUUGUAAAGAAAGUGGAGGCGGAGAGUGCAAUUGGCGCGAUGAAUGGCCAGUGGCUUGGCAGCAGAAGCAUCCGAACAAAUUGGGCGACACGUAAACCACCACCUCCCAAAUCGGAAGCAAACGCUAAGCCAUUAACCUUUGACGAGGUGUACAAUCAGAGCAGUCCAACUAACUGCACAGUUUACUGUGGUGGUUUAACAAAUGGCCUUACAGAGGAGCUGAUGCAGAAAACCUUCUCGCCAUUUGGUUCUAUUCAAGAAAUUCGGGUCUUCAAGGAUAAAGGUUACGCUUUUGUAAGAUUCUCCACGAAAGAAUCAGCAACACACGCAAUCGUUGCGGUUCACAACGCGGAUAUCAACGGGCAGACUGUUAAGUGCAGUUGGGGUAAAGAGAGUGGAGAUCCAAAUAACGCUCAGCAAACCGGACAGGCACUUUCCUCGACAACAUAUCCAUAUUAUGCAGCAGCAGCGGCCGCGGCUGCUGCUGCUGCGGCGGGUGUGGGAAGUGUUGGAAAUGUCGGUGGCGUUGGUGGCACAGGUCAACUAGGAUAUUGGUAUCCACCACAAUCUUAUCCGACAACGGCGGCAACUCAAAUGCAAGCUGGUGGAUUUCUUCAAGGUAUGCAGGGCUACACUUAUGGUCAAUUUGCUGGUUAUCAACAAGCUCAGUACAUGGGAAUGGGUAUGGGCGUACACGCAGCAGGUACUGCACCUGGAUGGGGCCAAGGUUUACCUGGUGGACCUCAGUUACCACCACAUCACGCUACAACAGUGACGGCACCCCCAGGAGUACAGGCUGCACCUCAACCUCAACCUCCACCUGCGCAAAUGAUGGCCUAUCCUAUGCAACAAUUCCAGUGUGUUCUUGGUUGCGGUUCAGCUAGCGGAUGAGGAUUGGCUGACACCUAGUCUUCUAGUGUGAUGGUAAAGAAGCAUCCAAGCAAUUCACCAAUAGGAACAACAACUAUCAGCUAUAGCAACAACUAUCCUCUUACCACUAACAUCGUCUGCAUCAAAGGCACAACAAUAAGAACACCACGAUCAACUAAAAUUUAUGGGAUGUAACUUAAUAAUAUGUAUGUUAAUAUCGGUUCAUGAUUAUUAGAUAAAAAUUAUAUUAACAGUUAAUUAUUAUUUGUUUUAAAUUGCUGUGCAUUGUCUUCAAAGAAAAAAAAAUAUUUUAAAAAAAGGACAUAAGGGAACAACUUUGACCAAUUGUUUUCAAUUACUUCUGUGUCGUAAUCAAAAUUAUAAAUUUCCCACCGUAUAUUGCGUAUCGUCUUGUAAGUGAUACAAAUUUAGAACAUUAUUAUUUAUCCGUAUAUGUUUAUAUACAUAUAUAUGUAUUUAAAUGUGUAUUAACCGAGCAUGUGUUUAGCAAUCAAUCGUGUACGGGUAA